AACCAGAGAUAAACCUUAUUCAAGCUUUUAAUCAGGGACGGAGAUAUAAAUAGAGAAGAGAGAUGCAUUAGGGUUUCAGCCGACGCGUUUCUUCUUCCACACUAUCAUGUACGGAAAUGAAUGUCCUAGAGGCUAGAAAGGGUUCUACUCCUUUCUUCUUCACUCUUCUUCUCUAACGUCAGCUCCGUUUCUUCGGCUCUGCUCAUCAUCAGGACCAAAAAUUUUGGUAUAACUACGUGAAUGUGCUGGACAUGGAUAACAUACAAGAUAUAACACAAGCGAUGCAGGAAUUCAAAUUUGAAGCUUUUCCUGAGGAAAUCAUGCAAGAUAUCCUAUUUAGGCUACCCGUUAAAUCUCUGAUCAAUUGCACCUCAGUGUGCAAGGCAUGGAGGUCCAUGAUCAUGAACAAAAGCUUUAUCUGCGCCCACUUAAGCCUAACAGUCGAUUUUGCUAACCAGGAUGACAUUGACCUCCUCCUACUCCACAUAAUUUCUUGUAACAGAAGCAGCACCUACGGCCACAAAACGAUCAUUUCCGAGAUAAAAGAUGAGGUUCACUCUGUGCAUUAUGAUAACCAGGCUUUUGAUGUGUACUCCAAGAUCGAAUUUCCAAUUGCUCCAAAGCAAGAACUGCGCAAUUCUCAUCUUCGUGUGGUCGGCACUUGUAGCGGGCUAAUCUGCCUUGCGGAUGAUAUCCUCUGUUAUGGUUACAACUUCUUUAUAUGGAACCCAGCCAUUAGAAAGUUAGUGACCCUUCCCAGGCCUGGAGUUACCUUUAGGACGCAUGGUGGGUAUGAUGCUUCUAUUGGGUUCGGUUUUGAUGCUAUGACCAAUGACUUUAAGGUUGUGCGAUUUGUUACUUUACAACAUGAAGAUGAGGGGCCAACUGUAGCUGAGGUUUAUUCCCUAGCCACUGGCACAUGGAGGAGUCUUGGUUGUGUUUCUCCUGCAUGUCGAACUGAUGGAGCUGCAUCGAAUGCUUUUGUUAAUGGGGUUCUUCAUUGGCCUGUAGUUGGUUACACAAAUGAUGAUUCUCGCUAUUUUAUAUUGACGUUUGACCUGGGCAAGGAGGUGUUCGGUAAGAUACCUAUGCCGAAGAUGAGUUGGAAUCCCAAGUGGGGAUUGCAAUUGUCUGUUUCAGAUAACAAAAAAUCUAUUGCUCUGUUUAUGAGGGAUAACAGUUGUAAAGAUUUCAUGAUGGAUACUAGGCGCGAAGAUUCUGUUCUUGAUAUAUGGGUGAUGAAAGAGUAUGGCAGAAAGGAAUCAUGGACCAAAUUGAUUACUCUCGGUCCACAGGGUCCAGAAAGACUUUUACCCAGGGCCUUAUGUUUUAGCAAGAGCGGGGAAGUACUGUUACUGCUAACAAAAGAAGGGAGGCAGGAACUAGUUUCACUAGACCUUGUGAGCAAACAGUUUAAAAAUCUUGGGAUUUCUGGAUAUAAAUAUUGUACUGUUUAUUUUUAUGAAGAGAGCCUUCUCUUACUCGACAAGAGCGAUGCAGAGUCAUACUAAGAGAAAGAACAGGGCAGUAGCGUCCUAUGCCUGAAGUGCCUGAUGUUUCGUUGUAUUUACUUGGUGUGGAACUUGUUAUUUGUAGCGCUGAUAUGUUUUUUUAAGUAGUUCUUGCACUAUCUAGUCUUCAGCUUUUGAAAAACUUUAAUGGAACUAUGGAAGUAUCUAGUUAAAAUUUUCAUUUGGCUUCGCAGUU